GAAGUAUUUUUGAAGUAGUUUAUGAAUCCUAUAUGGUAUGCGGAAUAUUUAUAUACUACAUCAAAGUGUUAAAAUGUCUAAAUAUAUGGAUAUAGCUGCAAUAUUGUUGUUUUUAUUGCAUUUUCAUUUGGGUACUGAAGCAACAAUAACUCUACACGCUAACGGCUCCUCUGACGAGGUUGCAUCUGUGCCCGUGAACAGCGCAUUGACGCUAACGUGCACUGUACCUGCUUCCGCAACAUCAGCGAACUAUUACAGAACACAUAACGGGACAGAUGAAUUACUCGUUCUUCAAAUAGCUCCAAGUUCUGCAGACAAAUGCAUGGAACAUCCAACAUAUAAGAUUCCAAUUAACAUGUCGUGCUCCUGCAUGGACGUUCCAGUCUACAGCUGCACAGUGAGGUCGGUAUCAAGCGCGAUGAACGGGGACACGUGGAAGUGUGCAUAUGGUAGUGUGCAGGAACGCAGUAAUGGUGUGCAGGUACAAGUUCAAGCGUUAGCAGGGAUCCCUCAAUCUGUUAUUUCUCCGUCCGGGGUGGUUCCGGUUGCACGAGGAAGCAAUCUCACUCUCACCUGUUCAAAUGCCGCCGCUGAAUUUUCAUUACAAUGCCAGUGGUUUUCUAACAUUGAAGCAGGCUACUACUCACUCAAAGUAUUGAUACAAACUGAGAGUUGUUUGAAACUUUUCGGGAAUGAAACAUUAUAUGGAUUUGAAUGUCUUGGUAAUAAUGUGUUUAAGCUAAUUAUCUACAAUGUUCAAAAUGGUAGUGACGGAUCACAUUGGAGAUGCAAUCAGCUCUUUGGAAAUACAGUCACUGACAGCGAGUUUAUACAGUUAGAUGUUAAAGAAAAACCAUCUAUUUCGGGUCCCAGAAACGUUUCAGUUGGCGAUAAUGUCACAGUUUCUUGUCACAGCGUAUCCACUACUCUACCGAGCAACCAUGAGGUUUCCUUAAAAUACAUCUGGUAUAUCAAUGGCCAGAAAAAUCCCAACGAAACACGAUACGUGUUUUCAUUAACAAAAGACGAGCUUGUAAUUGUCGGUAUUCGAAAGGAAGAUGUUGAUCUAACAUUUCAAUGUUAUGCGACAGAAAAGAAUACCGACGGUUUUGAAACACCUUGGAGUUUGAUUUACCGGUUCAAUGUUAUAUAUGGGCCUCAAAUUGCUAAAAUUAGCGUUCCAUCUGAAUUUACCAUAAUAGAAGGACAGCAAUCCAUAAACAUAGAAUGCAAGUCAGACUGCUGGCCUGAUUGUAACUUUAACUGGAUGAAUAGCUCCAGCAAUACUUUUAUAGCUGCAAAUUGCACAUUGACAUUCCUUACGGUUACCAGAUACUUUACUGGAAAAUACAAAUGCGUGUCUACGAACAUUGCAACGGGACAUCAGAGAGAGUCAACGAUAAAUAUCCUUGUUCAGUAUGCACCUGAUGUCGAAGUAAUCGCAAACAAUGUAACUACGAAGGACAAUCAAGCACAACUUCGAUGCUCAGCACACGGGAAUCCAGAUGUAUUUACUUACAAAUGGCAGCAAAAAUGGCCGGAUUCAAUACUUACAAAAAACUGGACAUUAAGCGGGUCUUCCGUACUAAAUCUUACUGAUCUGAGUUACGAUAAUAGCGGGAUUUACACAUGUUUUGCCAGCAACGGAAUACCUCAUUUUCCAGACAUGGACAUAUAUCGUUCGUCAUCUACGUAUAUGUUUGUGAAAGAUGUUCCAGUAGUUGUUCACCCAUUAAAACCUAACGAGGGGCGCUAUGUUAUAUUUGCAAACUUGAAAGAGACAGUGGAUCUAAACAUUACAGUAUUUUCCAACAAUGGUUUAAUUUCAACGAACAUUUCCACAACUCAUGACCAAAGCAAAAACAUGAGUUCCAUUCGGACCAUCGACAAAAUUAUUCAGCUACCUGUUUUUGGAUCAACGGUUCCGGCAAAAGGAUGGUUGAUAUUCAUUACUUUUUUCUUAGGAGAUACCAGUGAUUUUACUACAUACGACGUGAUGUUCACAAACGAGAUUGGAGCCGUUACGUUUGCUGUAAAAAUUAAACAUAAAGAAACCUCUGAGUCAAAAAAUGGCCCACUUAUCGGAGGAGUAACCGCAAGUCUUGUAGUUAUUGUUGUUCUUUUUGCUAUCAUUGUUGUUGCAAGACGCAAAUAUUCGACAUCCUGUCUCCGCAAAAUUACGUCUAAAAGUCCAACUUCAGAUAUGAGAGAAGGCAGUUCUACAACAAGGAAUGAUGCGUCGCCUUUGGAAACAAACAAUGCUUACGAACAAAUUGAAAAGCCAACGGAAUUACCGGAAUAUACAAAACUUAAGAAGGAUCAUAUUGGAGAGACAAACGCGUACGAUGAUUUGACACCAACGGAGCCGAAGGCGGAAUACGAGAAUACUGUAACAGUGUCGCAAACUGGUCUGCAGUUAUUUAACGUUAUCUGUAUUAUUAAACGUCUUGCUUAUUGCAUGUGGCACACUCAAACGAACUAAAUGUCUAUUCCAUAUAACUUCACAACGAAUCAGUACACGAUGAUGGGAUUUUAAAAGGAUUUCAACUACUUCAAUAAAGGUACAAUGUUCUGGUCGCAGUAAACAAUGCAUUUUUAUUCGAGACAAAACGUUCUUAUAUUUUUUUCCAGGUGUACAUUACUACAACAACUGAACACAACUGUUUAAUUGUGCCCUUUACAACGCAUGAAUAGUGUUCUACAUUACCACUGCAUGUGUAAGGGCAUCUACAAAACUGAACAGAUCAUUUCAAUACACAUGUAUGCCUAUUCGUAUUGCAACCAUAAUCACCAAUUUACAUGAUAAGGUUCGGCAAUGACAAUACGAGGCUGAGACAAAACUUUGACUCUCCAACAGCAAACAAGCGAAAUGUAUAACGUAAUAGCCACUACUUGCUAAUGAAAUGCAGAAGAUAGUUUUGCUUAUCAUGUUGAAAGGCACUUCAAGAAUGAAAUGAUUAACCAUAAUUAACAAAAUGAACACAAUAUAUUUUUUCUGAACAAAAGCAAUAAUAAGGAGCUUGAAUUUAUUAACAGACGACAAGCUAAGUGAUACGGUCGUGGGUUUGAUUGUCAAUAACAGGAAUUAGGCGAACGAUACUGAUGUCUUAAACAUAUUUACUGCAAUCUUGGAUAUAUAAAGAUUAGUCGAUUACGUAACACCAUUGGGUUCAGUUAAAUCUUAAAAUUGUUACACUCAACAACUAGUACAAAUGAACUACGGCUGUUUGUUAAAGAUUAUAUCAACUGAUCUUUUAUCUUAAAACUUGAUUUUGUUAAACUGGUUUAAUAUAAAAAUAUGAUUAUAUCCUCGGGGCAAUAUCAAAGAAUCAAUACAGGGAUUUUGAUGAUAAUCCACAGACUGUAAACUGGGUCUCUAAAGUAAGAAUUAUACUUCAGUCAGCGGGUUAUGCGGAUGUGUGGUUAUUACCUGAGCCUAUUAAUAUAAAUUCAUUUGUCCCCAUGUUUAGAAAUAGAUUAAGAGAUGUAUACAUAACUAGUUGGCGAGCUACCAUGGAGACACAGUCAUCAUUGUAUUUAUAUAAGGAAGUUAAACAUACAUUCCAAUUGUCUAACUACAUGGUAUUACUGGAUAAUAUAGAAUAUAAAAAUGUUUUAGCUAAACUCAUAUUGUUCUCUCAUAAUUUGUAUAUUGAACUAGGUAGACAUCACAAUAUCCCUAGGCAAAAUAGAAAAUGCACACUGUGCCAUUUCAACGAUAUAGAAGACGAGUUUCAUUUUGUUCUUGUCUGCCGAAUGUAUAAUGACAUCCGACAUACUUAUAUUCCUAGAUACCAUGUUAGAAAUCCCAGUAUGAUUAAAUUUAGAUCAUUACUAGAUUAUGAUAAAAAAACUCUGUUAAUAAAAUUAGGUAUUUUCUGUAUUAAGUCUUUUAAGAUAAGAGACAUAAAUAUAUUAUAUUUUAUAAGACAUUCUCACCUUAUAUUGCUGUUAAAUUUGUUAGUUUUGUUGUAUACCAUAUGUAUUGUUGGUAUAGUUACCAAAAUAUCUAUACGCAUUACUUAUUUGUUACAUGCAUUACUUAUUUAUCACAUGCAUGCUAUUGUUUUUCAUUUUUUUCACUCUGCGUUUAUAACGAUAAGCUGUAUAUGCUUAAGUUAAAUAAACAUUCUUUUCUUUUC